AUUUAAUUUGUUUGUUUUCUGUAUUUGAGUUCCUUGGGAUAGUAAAUAAAUUGUCGUACCACCGCUACGGCUUGUUUUCGACUCCUGUUGGUCGUGUGUUCGAAGAUACAGCAUACACAUAGGUGUUACCAGUUACCACAGCUAAAGUGCACAACAUGUCACUAGAGACAGGACAUGUUAAGGAGGCAGAGGCAGUGUGUGUGAAGACAGAGCCCGGAGAGGUGUGUGUGAAGACGGAGCCUGGAGAAGUGUGUGUAAAGGAAGAGCGGGAGUGGGAGGACAGCGCGCUGCUUGGAGUGAGCGCAGCAGCCGCAGAAGCUGGGCUGUAUAUUGAUCAUGAGGUCAAGGACGAGCUCGUGCUGGGCCCUGAGGAGUGGAACCACCCUAAAGUGUUUCGAGUGUGUACGGACGGGAGUGCCGCUCGCGCCAGGGAACAGCUCGCGAUGGCUUGUUCCGUGGUGCUCGAGCGCCUCCGCGACGACGCGGCUGUUCACAGUGGAUACAAGCCCUACAGCUGCGAACACUGUGGCAAGCAUUUUAGGAACAAGUCUGUUUUAAGGAAACACAUACAAUAUACUCACUUACCGUAUGGACCCAAGAGAUUUGCUUGUGAUUUUUGUAUUUCUAUGUUUCAAUCCAAAUUGCUUGUAAUUGAACACGAGAAAAGCAAACACGGUGUCACAAAUUUCAUGUGUGCUGAAUGUGAGUAUACAACCAGUUUCAAGAAAAGUUUGGAGACUCAUUUAAAGAGUCACUCUUUGGAGAAUAAUUUUAAUUAUAGUCACACAAGUUCUUGUAAAAUAGAUUUACAGAAAAACGAAACAAUACAUGUUGCUGGAAAACCUGUUAAGUGUAGUGACUGUCAUUUCAAAUGCAGUGUUGAAUCAAACCCGCGACGUCGCCAGAAGACGCACAACCGGAGGAAACAGAGAAUACUAAUUAGAAAACAACCUUUCAAAUGUAGCAAUUGCGACUACAAGUGCAGUGAUAGUUAUAAGUUACGCGUACACGAAAGGACACAUACUGGCGAAAAGCCAUUUGCAUGUAGCUACUGUGAUUUCAAAUGCAGUCAGAAAACACACUUACGAACACACCAGAUGAUACAUACUGGGGCUAAGCCAUUUCAAUGUAGUAUCUGCGACUAUGGGUGCAGGCAGAAAGGAGACUUACGGGUUCAUCAAAGAAUACACACUGGAGAGAAGCCGUACAUAUGUAGUUAUUGCGACUUCAAGUGCAGAGAUAGCCGAAGCUUACGAAAGCAUGAAAUAGCGCAUACUGGCGAGUGGCCUUUUCAGUGUAGCCACUGUGAAUACAAAUGCAUUAAGAAAUCACGCUUACGAUCACAUCAGAUGAUACAUAGUGCGGAGAAGCCAUUUAAGUGUAGCAAUUGCGACUACAGGUGCAAACGGAAAGAACACUUGCUAUCACACCAGAGGGUACAUACCAAAGGGAAGCCGUACACAUGUAGUCAUUGCGACCACAAGUGCAGGUUUAAGUCAAUGUUACGAAUACAUGAAUUGACCCAUACGGGUGGGAAGUGUUUUCAAUGUAGCCACUGUGAUUCCGAAUUCGCUCUGAAAGCACAAUUACAAAGACACCAGGUGAUACAUACAGGGGCGAAGCCAUUUGAAUGUAGCGAUUGCGACUACAAAUGUAGUCUAAAACAUAACCUACGAGCCCACCAAAAAAUACACAGCGGAGAGAAGCCAUACUAAUCCGCUUAUGUCAAAUGGUUUUUUUUUUUCGUUUAUUCAGAAACCAAACAUAUCAAAAAUGCGAUACAAAAGAUGUACCGCAACAAAAGAAAAAUACAACAAAAAAGACCUGGAGGUUCAUAAAUUAUACAAUUAUGUUAACUGAGAUAAACACAAUUUUAACUAUUGAAUAUCUAUAUCAGUAUUAAGAAUUGCUACUGCUAUAUGUACUUAGGUACUAAAACAACUUACGUCUAACAAUAUUUUUUAGACUAGCUAACGAAUUUUGAAAACAAUCUAUUUCGGAGACAACAACAAUAUAUUUCAUAAUAUUUAAUCCAUUGAUGUAUAUCUAAAGACGGGCGUUACGGGCGCUAAGAAUGGUGCUAGUUCAGCGGUGUCACGAAUUCGAGCCAAUCGUGUAGUUACACAACUAGUGGCGACCAAUCGCGUGCGUGAUGCGAACUCAUCAACCAAUCGCAUUGUGGCUUUAUAUUGGAUUGGCUCGAAUUCGUGUGCGUGACACCACUGUACUGGCCCCGUUCUCAUUGGGCAAAGCCCAUCCUUAGAUAUAUUAUCAACCAAAAGGGUAAUUAGGGUAAAGGGAAAUUAUGUUUUGUAUUAGUGUUAAUGUAGAAUAAAGUCAGGACGAGG